AAUUCGAAACAAACGUUUAUUUUCCAAACCUAUAUGCUAUGCCAGUUGAUCUUUGUGGGUAAUGGUAAUAGUAUAUUUGUUAACGCCUCACUCUUUCUCUUCCUUCCUUUCUCCUUCGCAUCCACAGCUCUCCCCAAACCUAACCGCUCACAAUGCUCUAUUUUCGCGAUUGGCUCUGCGAGCUAUGAUUCGGUGCCAUUCACGUUAGAUUGGAGAUUGGGUGAGUUGUGAGAGGUUGAGGCAUGUACAGAGAGCGAGGUGGUGUUGUGUCCAAGUCCGAGGUGGUUUCGGCCGAUCGCAGGCUAAUCAAUGACGUCCUUGACAAGCAGCUCGAACGACCCUCAUCUUCCACUUCCAGGGCAAUCAAGGCGAAGGACAGUUCGGCGCAAUCCACUGCUAAACUACCGCAUGAUCACAGGGACUCUCGCUCUGCCUCUGCCUCUAAGAAUUCCGAUGUCUAUGAUGAGGAAUCUGAAACAGACAGUGAGGCAUCAGAUGUUAGUGGUUCUGAUGGGGAUGACAUGUCUUGGAUCUCAUGGUUUUGUAACCUAAGAGGAAAUGAAUUCUUUUGUGAAGUUGAUGAUGAUUACAUACAAGAUGAUUUCAACCUCUGUGGAUUAAGCAGUCAAGUGCCUUACUAUGAUUAUGCCCUUGAUUUAAUUUUGGAUGUUGAAUCCUCUCAUGGUGACAUGUUUACAGAGGAACAAAAUAAGUUAAUUGAAUCAGCUGCAGAGAUGCUUUAUGGUCUGAUUCAUGCUCGAUACGUUUUGACAAAUAAAGGAAUGGCUGCUAUGAUGGAGAAGUACAAAAACUAUGACUUUGGCAGGUGUCCGAGAGUUCACUGCUCUGGACAACCCUGCCUUCCCGUUGGUCAGUCAGACAUUCCUAGGUCAAGUACUGUAAAGAUAUACUGCCCUAGGUGUGAAGACAUCUACUAUCCCAGGUCCAAGUAUCAAGGCAAUGUUGAUGGUGCUUAUUUUGGAACUACUUUUCCUCACCUCUUCCUGAUGACUUAUGGGCAUCUGAAGCCACCAAAGCCAUUACAGAGCUAUGUGCAAAGAGUUUUUGGUUUCAAAGUUCACAAGCCAUGAACCUGAAUGGAAUUUCAAGCUUUCACCAAAAGAAGAGUCUGUACAUGUCUGAGUUUAACUCACUCUGCUGUAUCCCAUCCCGUGAAAAGUUCAGCGGAUAAUAAGCCGGUUGGCAUCUUUAUUUCAUAUUCUCGGUAUUCCUCAGUUUUAUAGAGAUAUACAUGCGGGCAUGUCCUGCAGGCACCGAGCGCUUAAUGUUGUUUGAAGAUUCAAAUCCUGUCAGCCUUGAUCCCCAAUAAGAAAAUCAGCGAGCUUUUGUAAAACCUGUUUAGGUUUUUAGGUUAGGUACUUGGAUCAAAUGCACAUUUAUUGAUGUUUUUUCUCCUAUGAACUUUGGUUUAUUUCAAAUUGUUCUCUCAUACUACGCCUCACUCAGUAGUUGUUUUGAUUGUACUUCGGAUCACUGUUGCUAAAAUCUGCCGUAUUUAUGCCAUUUCUUCAUGUUCGUUA